UGCUAUGUACGGGGGUGAAGGAAGCCGCGGAGGACGCCAGAGGCGGCAAAGAGAAAGAGAGUAAAAAGCGUGGAGUGACGAUGAAGGGGAGAGAGCUUGUGAGUAGUUGAGGCGGUUUCGGUUCGCCUAUGAUUCGCGUGGCGUGCGAACAAGCGCUUUGCUUUCCAUUAUAUAUAGGCCCUCGGCCCUAACCGCAGACGACACGCCCCGCCGCAGCACCCAUUCGAGAUUUCAGAGCAAUUUGUGGAGUUCUCAUCGAGUUGUUCCUUUUAUGCAGUCAGUAAUUGCACGCAAGCAUCGAUUUGAGUUCCAUCUUGUAUGUCUUCAUUUAGAAACAUUGCUUACGAAUUUUAGCUUCGAAUUCUGUUUUUAAAGGAGACAUGGAUCGAGAGAGCAAGAAGAGAGGGAGAGAGGAGCCGGUGGUGGUGGUGAUGGUGGCGCCGGAGAAAGAGAUGGGAAUCGUUGGAGGGACCGCGGUGGAGGCGGAGAUAAGGAGGAAGGAGGGGAAGAUGCAGGAGAUAUCGGAGUCAUCGUCGUCGGACGUGACAUUCGAGGUGGGCGAUAUCUUCGAGAUCUCCGACGUGUACCGCCCGCCGGGGCUGUUCGAGUUCCCGUGGCACAAGGAGGAGGACGGAGGACUGAUCGCGGCGGCGGCCGCGGCGGCGGAGGAGGAGGAGUCGGACGGCCGGGAUCUCCGCGACGUGUUCUUCUCGUCGCUCGUCGACGGGUGCUCUGCCGCCAUCGGCUUCCCCGGCGACCGCCUCUCGCCGCCGCUGGGGCCGAUCGCGUUCCCCGUGGAUGGCGAAGAGGGAUCCUGGCCGUCCGAUGGGGACGCCGACAGCGUGGAUUGCAUCUGGAGCACCGUGCUCCACCAGCCGCUCACCACCGUGUACAGAAAGCGCUCCAGCGCUUGACAAAACAAACAAGAGAAGGCCAUCUUCUUUUCCGCCUCUUUCCAAUUUUCUGUUUGCUUUUUUUUUUUUGAAUCCCUCUUUAGUUAGAAUCUUAGCCGUUUAGUUGUUGUUAUAAAGUUGGUAAUAGUUGUUUAAAUUUUCAAAACAGGGGCAUUUGACUUAGACGCAGAAUCUUUUAUUUCGCAAAAGUUCAAGAAUCUUGUAGAAAAAUAUUUGGACUCUGUGACUACUUGGGAUGGUAAGUAUUUAAAAUUUUUGACAUAUAAACAUUGCCAUGUUUUUUGAUUGAA